AUGGCAGCAAAACAGAAGAAAGGCAACAAGAAAAAUAACCAUCUAGCUCAAAAGAAUAAGCCGCAUUCUUCGCCGGAUGCGAUGCUGGAAAUUUCCCCAUCUACUACGGUCACGAAUUAUCGAGAAAUUCAUGUGAACGAGGCCGAGGCCUUACGUUCGAUUUAUGGCGAUGAUUUCGAGUAUGUAGAAACCCGGCAAUCAGCUUGGAAGCAAUGUUCUGACAUUGCCUUCAAACUGCAUUUAAAGGCAUCAUCUAAUCCCAAAGUUGGAACAGACUUACUUGUGGAAUUGCCCGCAACGUACCCCAAAACCAUACCAAACCUGAGUUUGGCGUGGGUCGACGAUUUGCGAGGAGAUACCAAAUCGCGCAUUCAGGCCUUAAUCACCGCGAAAGCCAGCGAGUUGGUUGGGAAUGAGAUGGUCUAUGAGUUGGCAGUUUCCGUACAAGAUAUACUGGAGGACGCUGCCAUGGUGCAAGCACAGUCUGAUGCCGGCCAGAGUCUCGAAGAGGAACGAAGGGCCCAAGAAGCGGCUGCCCUAGAAGAGGCGGAGAAGGCGAAACUUGAAGAAAUCAGAAAGCAACAAGAAGCUACUAAGGAGGAGGAAAAGGAAUAUGAAGCCGCAUUCAAAAAUCAGAUUAAACUCCGACAGCGGGAGAAAGAACAAAACUAUCGACGAAAAAGCAGAUCCAUGUUAGAAGAUACGGAGAGUUUGGAAUCUAACGAUGAUACUCCAGGUGCUGUCACGUUUGACCGACCGAUGACGGUGAUCGACAAUGAAGGCCGAAAUCUCACAUUUAAGUCUGUAUAUGGGCGGACAUUAAUCAGCCAUACUCAUCACAAGGAAACAUUUACUGUGAAACCGGUCGUGCCUGGGAAUGCACCCCGUGCCCCAUUUUUGGUGUUAAAAGAAAUUUUUAUCCGCGAAAAAGAGACAAAGCUGUCUGACGUUCGACAGCGAAUAAGAUCAAGCGAGGAUAAGCUGGAAAUUCUCAAAUCCCUUCGCCAUCCAAACCUGGUGGAUUUUGUUGGGUAUAAAAUCUACAGCCCCCUCGAUCCGUAUACUUCCCAAGACAAUACUUGGCAUGUGUCAGCCCUUUUUGAAUAUGCCAACAAAGGCUCGCUUUCUGAGCUUCUGGAUUUGGUCGGUACACUUCCCGCAGAAAAUGUCAAGGCUUGGAUGAUACAACUCGUUGAGGGUCUUGAAUUUUAUCACCGGCACCGAAUCGUUCACGGGAAUAUUCAUUGCGCGCGUGUACUUCUCUUUCGAGGCUCUACUGGCAGCACAGCUGUCAAGUUACUGGGAAGUAUCGAGGAAGCCUUGCCAUUGCCAUCCAGCACUCAAAGGGCUGUGGCGACCUCGAAAUCCACAUUUUGGCUACCCCCUGAAUUGGUACAGGAAGACUCAAAGCCAAGUAUUAAAUCCGAUGUGUGGGAUUUGGGUAUUGUCUUUCUUCAAAUGGGCUUCGGAAAGGACGUCCUGCAGCGAUAUACAUCUGCAAACUCUCUUAUUAACUCUUUGGAUUUAUCACAGCCUCUACAGGAUAUGCUUCGCGAAAUUUUCCAGGCAGACCCCAAAAAGCGGCCGACCGCUUUUCAAAUUCAUCCAUUUGAAUUUUUCCGUGUUGAUACGCCACUCAUUAUUGUGAACACCUCAUCCAGUACUGCUCCCCUGCCAAGACGAGCCCGAACCGAUUCGCAGGGAUUUUUGCCGACUUUUUCAAGGUAUGAACAUGAUUUUGAUGAAGUUGGUCGUCUAGGCAGAGGUGGAUUUGGCCAGGUUGUCAAAGCAAGGAACAAGCUCGACGGACGUUUUUAUGCUGUAAAAAAGAUAUCACACAAAUCAUCGGGAGCUUUGAAAAACACUCUUUCAGAAAUAAUGUUACUCUCUCGAUUGAACCACCCGUAUGUCGUGCGAUACUAUACAGCUUGGCUGGAAGAAGAUUACUUUGGUGCGGACGAUGAUGCCGUUGAAUCUACAGAUCAAGAACUUUCUCAGGCCAACAUUGAAUUUGGGUAUAGUGCCAGUGGACUUGACUUUAUGAGCUCACAAGGAUAUCCAAAGAUUGAGUUUGGAUACGAUAGUGACAAUCAGCCUCCUGAGCGGGAUGGACUGGUGGAUGACCAAACUGCAUCGAAUGGCACCAUUGAUAAUGAUAAUAAGAAUGGCCAAUAUGAUGACGAGCCAACUCAGUCGAUAACAGGUGAAGAUGCUGAGGGCCUACACCUGGUGAAUUCGGGAUCCAGCUCGCAGCAAGUUACUUCGACUUUGUAUAUUCAGAUGGAAUACUGCGAAAAACAUACGCUUCGUGAUUUAAUCCGCGAUGGGCUCCAUGAGAAUGCUGACGCUUCCUGGAGGCUAUUCCGACAAAUACUGGAUGGGUUGAACCAUAUCCAUACCCAUGGCAUAAUCCAUCGAGACCUGAAGCCGGACAAUAUAUUUCUCGAUGUCACGAGUAAUCCUCGCAUCGGAGACUUUGGCCUGGCAACUCGUGGUCAGUUCUCGACAGCGGUCCAAUCAUCAUCAGCUCCAGAUAUAGGAGAAAGCUUCACGCGCAGCAUCGGUACGACUUAUUAUGUAGCGCCCGAAAUGAAAUCUGCUUCUAAUGGACAGUACAACGACAAAGUGGAUAUGUUCUCCCUAGGUAUCAUUUUUUUUGAGAUGUGUCAUCCUCUUAAUACGGCCAUGGAGCGCGAUCGCACUUUGCAGGAGAUUCGUCAAAAAGACCACGUACUUCCUGAGACGUUUGAAUUGCCAGAAAAAAUUGUCCAGGGGCAGAUUAUCGAAUCGCUAAUCAGUCAUCGUCCAGGCGAGCGGCCAGCUGCUAUUGAAAUUCUUCAAAGUGGGAAAAUUCCCCUUCAGGUUGAAGAAGAAAUGUUUAGAAAAGCUGUCAUGGGUCUCUUAUCCGAUCCAAACUCUGCAGAUUAUAAGAAGAUUCUCUCUGCGAUCUUUUCCCAGCCUGCAAAUAAAUUCGAGGAUUUAACUUGGGAAAUUGAUUCGCGGGAAUCACCGCCGGCCAAUGAGAUGUUGAUACAAGGUGCAGUGAAAGAUAAAUUAACCGCAAUAUUCCGAAAACAUGGGGCAGUCGAGACUACAAGGCAGACUCUAUUCCCUCGUUCAGGCCACUAUGGCCCCGGUGUUGUCAGGCUACUGGACCCAGAUGGUAACCAAGUUCAGUUACCAUUUGAUCUGACACUUCCAAAUGCCCGGUCAGUUUCCCGUCAACACCCAUCCAUUGAGAAAAUGUUUUCCUUUGGAACUGUCUUCCGAGAAUCUCUUCAUGGGGGCCAACCGCGUGCCCAUAAUGAGGUUGACUUUGACAUCGUUUCACAUAAUACACUUGAUCUUGCUUUAAAGGAGGCUGAAGCUAUUAAGGUACUAGACGAGGUUCUUGAUGAGUUUCCAUCCUUCAAAUCCGCGCAAAUGUGUUACCAUUUGAAUCAUUCAGAUCUUUUAGACACAAUAAUCGCCUUUUGCCGUAUUAGCUCAACACAAAGACCGCUAGUGAAAGAAGUAAUUAGCAAGCUUAAUGUGGGCCAUUGGACGAUGCAGAAAAUUCGAAGCGAAUUACGUGCGCCUGCUAUUGGCGUAACAUCCACAUCUAUUGACGAUUUGGCUCGUUUUGAUUUCAGAGAUACCCCAGAGAAGGCCCUGAAACGGCUUCGCUUAAUCAUGGAGGACACUGAAUUUGUGGACAAGAUCUCCCCUAUUUUUGCUCGUCUAAAUGGGGUGAUUGCUUACCUAAAGAGGUUUCGAGUCAGGCGCAAGAUCUAUAUCAGCCCUUUGAGUAGUGUCAAUAACAAGUUUUACGGAGGAAGCAUUCUCUUUCAGUGUAUAGUCGAUACAAGAAGGAAAGAUGUUUUCGCUGCUGGUGGUCGAUACGAUAGCCUAAUCCAGGAAUUUCGGCCCAAAAUGCUCUCGGCACGAUCUCAGUGUCAUGCUGUAGGGUUUUAUCUUAGUCUCGAUAAGCUCACUGCCUCUAUGGCAAGCCUUUUGAAAGGAAAAGCUAAGGGUCCCUCAAAACAUGAAGCCGAUUUUUCUGGUGUUUGGCGAACACGAAAGUGCGAUGUUCUUGUGGCGAGCUUUGAUAGCACAGUUCUUAGGACUCUCGCUCUCGAUAUUUUAUCUGAGCUGUGGACACACGGUAUCAGUUGCGAAUUAGCUGUGGACGCAGCAUCAUUAGAGGAACUUCUUACACGAUAUAAAGAAGAAAGCCAUAGUUGGAUGGUCAUUGUGAAGCAAGAUAGUUUGGACCGUGGCCUGAAAAUUAAAAGCCUUGCCAGAAGAGAGGAAUUCGAUGUCAGAUGCACUGAUCUCAUACCCUGGCUUCGAAAUGAAAUUCGCGCUCGCAAUCAAACAGAGAAAGCGGAGAUCUCCAAGUCGUCCAAGUCGAGUGUACCGGAUGCCAAUCCUUUGAACAGAGAAAGAGAUAUGGAUGUCAGAAUUAUUGCACCAAUGCACAAAGGCAAGAAAACAAAUAGGCAGAAUAUCAUUGAGUCAGCGAUGCUUCGAGCCCGUGAAACAGCUGACAAAUCGCUAAACGGUCCUAUUGCUGCAAUCGACAUACGAGAUGACGUUCUACAAGCAAUCCGAAACACUCGUCUUGCUGAUACUGACACAUGGCGCACUGUCAUUCAAGGCGUUCCGUUGGUGGAGAGAAAGUAUUUGACAGAUUUGCUUAACCUGCUCUAUGAACUUGCCAAUGAUAGAGAGGAGCCUGACGGAGCUGAACGCUAUAGAAACGCUUUUAUCUACAAUUAUCGUAAUGGUAAUUGUAUUCUUUAUGAUUUGACGCUUGGAAAAUGA